GAAAGAAGCGCGCACGUCUCGACACAGACUCGGCGCUCCAGAGUCAGGAGCGAAGGUGUCCGAUGCUCAUUCCCUCCCUGUCCGGGGGAGAUAGGAGACUUGUAACAUACCCUGUGCCAAUGCGAUUGGCUUGAUGUUGGGGGAAUGACUGCCGAGAGCCAGCGGCCGCCUUCCGAAGCUUCGUGCUGUGCGUGGAGUAGGAGCCAGCCGGAGGUGAAGGUGGAGAGGGAGCAGCUGGAGACAAGCCAUGCGGAGCUUCAUCGCGUAAAGAGGCGCAAGCGGCCGCAGCAACGGGGCAAACCUCCCUACAGCUACAUCGCCCUUAUCGCCAUGGCCAUCGCCAAUUCCCUGGACAGAAAGCUCACCUUGGGCGGGAUCUACAGGUUCAUCACAGAACGAUUCCCCUUCUACAGGGACAACUCCAAGAAAUGGCAGAACUCCAUCAGGCAUAAUCUUACCCUAAAUGACUGUUUCGUCAAAGUUCCCCGAGAGCCAGGGCGGCCGGGAAAGGGCAACUAUUGGACGCUGGACCCAGCGGCUGAUGACAUGUUCGAGAGUGGCAGUUUCUUGCGAAGGCGUAAGAGAUUCAAGAGGUCGGAUAUGUCCACAUACCCGAGCUACAUCCAAGAAUCCAACGUCUUCAGUCCAGUACCAGCGAGCAGUCCGUACUCCAGGCCGGUCUAUGCCAACGUGAGCAUCAACUCCAACUGUGCUUCAACUCUCCCAUCUUACUCCACUGCCCAUUACACCACCCCAACCUGCAGCUUUAACAACAGCCAGCCACGGAUGUACAAUUUCAGCAGUCUGGCGGAGCACCACGGUCCGGGGACAGAUUUGUCCCACAACACUACCAGCCGGUUUCCUUCAGAGCUGAGUGCUGGUUAUACCAACCUUGGGCUGGGUUCUUACCACCAUCAGGCCUGCAAUGGAGCAGUGCUUCCCAGGAAUGCUAACGCUGAUCCCUGCCCCUACACCAGAUCUAAUUCACAUCUGCAAAUGGAUCCAUCAACGUAUCGUCUCGCUAAUAACCAAGCGUAUGGCGCCUCUGGUCGCUUCCCCGUCCCUCACUCCCCCGUAAAUAAUGAGCCAAUGGGCCCCUUCGGAAUAAUCUCUUCGGGACAGUUCACAUCACUCCGACAAUAUAACGCGAGCGGGCAGAUCAAUUGCACCAACGCAUGCAUUAAUCACCCUUCUUACUAUACAAAAGUCGAAGGGUUUCUACACUCCACUGAAAACUACAACGCACUUUAAAAGGUUCAUGGAGAACUCUGCAGAUGUAAACUGUCCGGGCGUUAAAGUGAAACUAACUUAACAUGGUUCAAUCGUCCGAUUUAUGAAUGUUUGCAUUUUAUACGGCUACUUCUAAGUGCAGGUUACAGUACAGUUUAAACAUGUGUAUUUGUUUAUGAACUUGUCUGUACAAUCUUAUCCUUUAAGCUUUUUGUUUGAAAAAUAUAACGACAUUGUCUCUUCAUUAGAAUCGAAGGCAAUUUUGUUUAGUUAUUGGUUUAGUUAUUGAAACCGACCGAAGUGCAUUGUUUUUGUUUAAUCUGAAGAGGUAAAAUGAGGGGGGGGGGGGAUAAAACAGACGAUACAACCGAAUGUGCAACAACUACUGAGAUUCAGGAAAUUUAACGUUUUGGAGCCAUUUCAUCUACUACCUGCAAUGAUUUGAGGCUUGUGGGGAA